GAGAUAAAAGGGAAGUAAAAUAAAAAAAUAUUUGUUAAAUUAUUUUUCUUUUUAAUUAAUUAUAGUUUUUUUUAAGAGAUUAGAUUAAUUAUAGUUAGUCAUAGUUAUAAAUUUAUAAUGCAUCAUACAUGGCGGAAUCUUAUUGAAUAGUGGUAUCACCGCCUAGUGUUGGUGAUGGGCAAAUUUGGUUCCUUUCUGUGGCAUGCACCUAACUAAUAAGACGUCAACUUUGAAGCUAAACCUGUUAUUGAUUGCCACUUAAGAUUUUUUCAGAAAAUUUUCAAACCUUUCUUUAUUGGUAAUCUUUCUUUUCUUAUUUACCAAAAAAAAAAUUGUCAAAAAUUAAAUAAAUAAAAGAUAAGCAAACAAAGAGGUCAUAACAAAGUUUCUCAAAAAGUUGGAUAAGGGUAGGAUAGGAAGUUCAAGGAAUAAAAAGAACUAGAAGCAGUAAAAGGUAAUAUAUUUGGCAGCCUACCAUUUUUACUUUUCGUGCGGUCAUUUCCUCCCUUGAAUCCCACGCUUCCCAGUUCUGCAGUUCCCGCUCAAUCUUGGAGGCUUGUUUUGCUGCUGAUCGCCAAAAGGAACAAAACAAAUGGCUCUAUCAGAAGAUGAAAUCACGAGGCUUUACAGAAUUCGAAGAACGGUGUUGGAAAUGCUGAAAGAUCGGGAUUACUUAGUUACAGAAGCUGAGAUCAACAUGACAAAAGAACAAUUCAAGAGCACAUAUGGAGAGAACAUGAAAAGGGAAGAUCUUGACAUCAAUAAAGAAAAGCGGAGUAACAGCUCUGAUCAGAUAUAUGUCUUCUUCCCUAAUGAGGCAAAGGUUGGGGUAAAUACAAUGAGGGACUACACCAAGCGCAUGCAAUCGCAGAAUGUGUUCAGAGCAAUCUUGGUGUCUCAAACAAAGCUGACUCCUUUUGCAAAUAGAUGUAUAAGUGAGAUGUCUACAAGGUUCCGCAUGGAGGUUUUCCAGGAGGAAGAACUGUUGGUGAAUAUUAAAGAGCAUGUUCUAGUUCCCGCGCAUCAGGUGCUUACAAAUGAGGAAAAGAAGAGUUUGCUGCAGAGGUAUACCGUGAAAGAAACACAGCUUCCUCGGAUGCAGGUGGUUGAUCCAGUUGCAAGGUAUUACGGGCUUUCACGUGGACAAGUUGUGAAGAUAAUCAGGCCAAGUGAGACUGCCGGAAGAUACGUCACCUACCGUUAUGUUGUGUAAUGCUUUUGUUGCGGGUUGAAAUUUGAAUUGCAAGUGUUAUGUAUAAAUGGGGCUCAUAUCUAAGUCUUGGUAGAUUGGGAAUUUAGGGACCUUUUAUGAUGUUUGAACUCAUCUUUGUGAUCCUCAGUAGUGCGUUUGGUUCUGAACUCCAGUAGAUGUUGUAGCCUUCUAGGUAUGGUUAAGUGAAGCUGAUUCAGUGACUUCAUCAGUUUUUCCCUUUCAGCCCUUUUUGUUUUCUUUUCCAAUAAUGAUUUGAAUUCAUCUU